GCCCACUCCGUAUUCUAGUAGUUCAUGAAUAAUUCAUAACUCUCUGCUGCCGCGUGAGUAAUAUUGAUCGUCAUAAUUACAGGUGCCCCUGUAGCUAGGCGUUUUGUAUACAGUUGCUGACCCCAGGAUAAUGUCUUGUUGCCUGUGGGCCUCCGCUCAAUUAUAACGCAUUCUAUAGAUGGAAUUUGUCGACAUGUAAAGCAUGGUGCAUUUUAGAAGCUGUUGUGAACUCACUGCUACAUGUGUUCAUGGGACACCGAUGUCUGAAACCUGGAUAUUUUGGCCUUGCGGGUAAUGGAGGGAAGUAAGACGCGAGAUGUUAUCUGUAGACAGUAUUUACUGUUCAUUUUGAAUUUCCUCGUUUGGUUAACCGGAAGCACUUUGAUGGCCGUCGGCAUCUGGGCUAAAGUGACUAAAGGCGGUUUUGAUGACCUGUCCACGUUAGACACAGACCCUACGACGUACAUCAUCAUUAGUGGAUGUAUUCUCUUUUUUGUCUCGGGCUUUGGUUGCGUAGGCGCGCUGAGGCAGAAUUUGUGUCUGCUGUAUGCCCACUGUGCCUCACUAGCUGUUCUCAUCAUUCUGCAAUUUGUGGGAGGCAUCCUCGUAUUGCUACUGCAGGAAACGGUUGUUGAUUCUGCUCUCCGUUUCUUUGAGAAAGCAGUAGUUCGUUACCGUGACGACCCAGACUUACAAGAUGCCGUCGAUUAUAUUCAGGCCGAGUUUCGAUGCUGCGGAGCAGCAAGUUACGCGGAUUGGCAGAUGAACGUGUAUUUUAACUGCUCUUCACCCGGACGAGAGGCGUGUGGUGUCCCGUUCUCCUGUUGCAUUGAUAUGGCCAUGAACUAUCAGUGCGGCUUGGACGUUAGAACCAAAACGAAAUACGAGAUCUUUUCAACGAUUUACAUCCACGGCUGCAUCGAUUCCUUUGUUCUGUGGAUGAUGGAUAAUAUUCUUCUCCUUGGACUUCUGGUAUUCGCGUCUUUAUUUUUGCAGAUAUUUGCCUUCUUUCUGUCUCACUGGAUGAUACGAGACGUGAAAACUAUUCAACAGUUCUCAAAAGAAGCAGAAACAACACAACAGUUUCCUGCUCGGUAAAAAACUGACUGCUAACCCACUGUAUCCCUGAACAUCCGUCAUCCAAGAGACUUUGACUGCCUUCAGAUUCACCCCUUUUGGCAAAACCCAAGGAUAUUUUUGCAACAACUUUUUGUCAAUUUCUGGUUAAGAUAAAAAAGAGUUGAAAACAGUACUUUCAAUGAUUAAAUCCGAGCUAAAACCUACAACUUUAUCAGUGGCUUUUCCAAUGGCUAGCGCAACAUCAGAUCCUUAAUACUGACUGCCAUUGUUUUCAGGCGUGAAAUCCUAAUGUCCUCGAUGGAUAGACAUGUACAGGUGCACUAACAUCUAAAACUGACCUACAUUGUUAUCUAGUACAAAAAAAACCCCGAAACUUCAUUACAAAUUUGUAUUAAGACGGUAUCAUAAAAUUAUGUAUAUGUUGCUCAUUAAUGCCCCCCGUGAGUGUCAUUACAUUUUAUUUUCAACAGUUUUGUAGCACAAUCCACCGAGCCAUGCCAUUUCACUCAUCAAAUAAAAAAA